AUGGCCAUGCCUAACCAGUCCAGUGAAGGCUCUUCUCUAGUACAUCAGCAGAUGUUUAAGGUGGAAAUGAAUGAAGGUCCGCUGUCUAAACUUGUUGUGGCCAUUCUUAUGUCCAUGCUCUUCACCUGCAUCAACAGCAUCAUGUUUCACACUCUCUUGAGUAAGCCUGUGUUUAGAGAGCUGCCUCGCUAUAUCCUCUUUGCCCACAUGCUCUGUAAUGAUAGUGUUCAGUUAAUGAUCUCCAUGUUGCUCUAUGUUUUGUCUAUGAAUUUACAACUGGUUCCAAAAGCCAUAUGUGCACUUCUGUUAGUGGUGACGGAGACAACUUUCCGCAACGCUGCAUUGAACCUGGCUGUGAUGUCACUUGAACGCUACGUGGCUAUUUGUUUUCCACUACGGCAUAGUGAGAUGGUGACCCGAAAAACUGCAGGCAUUUCUAUUGUGUUCAUCUGGUUCUUCAGUUCGACAAACCUUUUGAUAGAUAUAAUUUAUGCACUGGUAGUCAAUCCAGCAUCUUUUAAAGAUCCUAUGUUCUGUACUCGACAGAGGUUUUUUCUGUCAGCAUGGCAAGUCGAUGUGUAUCAGGGCUUCAGUUACUUCUUCUUUGUGGUUGUAACAGGCAUCUUGUUUUUCACUUAUGUCAAUGUUGUGGUUGCAGCUCGAUCUGCCUCAGCUGAAAAAGAAUCUGCCAAGAAGGCUCAUAAGACCAUACUGCUUCACCUUGUUCAGUUAGUUCUCUGUGUUAACACAUUUGUUUAUAUAAGCAUAGAGAGAGCCCUUGCCAUGACCAGCAGCACUCGUCUGUUCAUGGACCUGCGCUACCUGAACUUUCUCUUUGUUCUCAUUCUGCCUCGGUGUCUGAGCCCCCUGAUCUACGGCUUGAGAGACGAAGCUAUACGACCCUUAUUCUUCUAUUAUGUCAGGUGUGGAACCCAAAAGGUCAAGCCCUCUGUAACAGCACACUGAGAAAACCAGGCAGAAUUGUACAGAAAACAGCCCCAGAAAAUAAA